AUGGACAAGGAGAUCAAAAAUGGUGGAGAUGGCAAGGGCAUUGAAGAUAUCCUCGAGCGGCAGAUUCGCAUGCCCACGCCCAAAGUCGGAUACUUCCAGAUCUAUCGCUAUGCGUCACGCUGGGACUGGGCGCUGCUUGUACUGGGGGGUCUAUGUGCAAUCGGGGGAGGGGCAGCUUUGCCUCUAUUCACAGUCUUCUUCGGCAACAUCACAUCCACAUUCCGCGAGGUGGCCACCUACGCCAUGAGCUACGACCACUUCUACGACAUCCUGACCAAAAACGUCAAGUACUUUAUCUACCUAGGCGUCGGCGAGUUCCUGACCAUCGGCACCGCGACCUUCGCCUUCGUGCACACCGGCAACACCGUCACGCAGAAGAUCCGCGUGCGGUACCUGCAGGCCAUCCUGCAGCAGAACAUCGCCUUCUUCGACUCCCUGGGCGCCGGCGAGAUCACGACGCGCAUCUCCGGCGACAUGCACCUCAUCCAGGACGGGAUUUCCGAGAAGGCCAGUCUCGUCCUAGCCGGUGUCUCCAGCUUCGUCACGGCGUUCAUCAUCGCGUUCGUCAAAUACUGGAAACUAGCACUCAUUUCAACAUCCACUCUCGGCGCGCUGCUGAUCAUCAUGGGCAUCGGCUCGACCGUCUCCGUGAUAUACAGCAAGCGGUCCAUAGAAUGCUACGGCAAGGGCGGCAGCAUCGCAGACAACGUACUCAACUCGAUCCGCACAGUGGUCGCAUUCGGGGCGCAGGAAGCCCUGGCAAGGAAAUACGAGAGCCAUCUGCGCGAAGCAGAGAAAUUCGGGCGCAUUGUGCAGAUGACAUUCGCGCUCGUCAUCGGCGGGAUCCUAGGGGUUAUGUAUCUCAACUACGGGCUGGGCCUGUGGAUGGGGUCAAGGUUUCUGGUCAGCGACUCGGCGAAUGUCCAGCCCGGGGAUAUCUUGACGAUUAUGAUGUCUAUCAUCCUGGGUUCGUAUGCGCUGGGCAAUGUGGCGCCAAACAUCCAGGCCUUUUCGGAUGCAGUCGCUGCAGCGACUAAGAUAUUUGGCACGAUAGACAGGGAGUCACCACUGAACCCCUUUUCCACGGGUGGACAGCGCCUGUCGACAGUAACAGGGGAGCUGGAGUUUAAGAACAUCCGGCACGCAUACCCAUCACGUCCGGAAGUCACCGUCAUGGAAAAGUUCAACUUGCACAUCCCCGCCGGCAAAACAACAGCCUUCGUCGGUCCAUCAGGGUCAGGGAAGAGCACAAUCAUCGGACUGCUGGAGCGGUUCUACAGCCCCGUAGCCGGCGACGUGCUUCUAGACGGCCACGACAUCGAGUCACUGAAUCUUCAAUGGCUGAGACAGCAGAUCUCGCUCGUCUCGCAAGAACCGCAGCUCUUCACGGCGACCAUCUACGAGAAUAUCAAUUACGGACUGAUCGGGUCCGAGUUCGAGAACGAGUCUGCCGAGCAGAUCCGAACGCGCAUUAUCAAGGCUGCCCAGAUUGCGGACGCGCAUGACUUCGUCUCUGCCCUUCCGGAGAAAUAUGAGACGAAUAUCGGUACCCUGGCGCUUUCAGGCGGCCAGAAGCAGCGGAUUGCCAUUGCGCGUGCGAUCGUUAAAGAGCCCAAGAUCCUCCUCCUGGACGAAGCGACGUCUGCGCUGGAUACAAAGUCUGAAGGGCUGGUUCAGGCAGCGCUAGACCGGGCAGCGAAGGGGCGCACGACGAUAGUCAUAGCACAUCGACUGUCGACUAUCAAGACGGCGCAUAACAUCGUGGUGAUGAUGGGUGGCAAGAUCGCGGAACAGGGGACGCACGCGCAGUUACUGGAGACUGGAGGGGUGUAUUCCAGUCUUGUGCAGGCGCAGAGCAUCAAAGACAGCGCUCCGCAAGGCGAGGGAGACGAGGAGCUGGCGACGCUUUGGUUUGAAGAUAACGAUGCCGAGUCGGACUAUUUCACGGCGGAUUCGAUGGACUCGCCGCUCACGCCGUAUAAGCGGCAGAGCGUGCUGACCUUGGGUGGAGGACAGAUCAAGGAAAAGAGGUUCACUGUCCCGACGCUUAUCAAAUUCAUUGCCAGCUUCAACAGGCCGGAGAGGUUCAUCAUGGGUGUUGGGCUGGUGCUGUCCCUGUUUGCUGGUGGUGUGCAACCGGCGCAGUCUGUCUUGUUGGCGAAGGCCGUCAACGCCAUCUCUAUCCCAGUAUCCGAGCCAGACAGGCUAAAGCAUGAGACGAGCUUCUGGGCGUCCAUGUUCCUGAUGACGGGGCUGAUUACCAUGUUCUUAUUCGGCUCGCAGGGGGCGUUGUUCGCAUUCAGCGCAGAGAAGCUCAUCCGGCGCGCUCGCAGCAGCACAUUCAGGGUCCUCCUAGGGCAGGACAUCUCGUUCUUCGACGAGGAAGACAACACCCCGGGCACGCUGACGUCUAUCCUGGCGACAGACGUCAAGAACCUGGCUGGAAUCAGCGGCGCGACGCUGGGGACGCUUCUGAUCGUGAGCGUCAACCUAUUCGGCUCUCUAACGGUCGCACUGGCACUGGGCUGGAAACUCGCCCUCGUCUGCUCGUCCGCCGUCCCCUUACUACUCCUCAGCGGCUUCCUACGGACCUGGAUCCUAAGUCGCUUCCAGGCGCGCGGACGCACCGUGUAUCAGAAAUCCGCGAGCGAAGUCAGCGAGGCCGUAACGGCCAUCCGGACCGUCGUCUCGCUGACAAUGGAGCAAGUCAUUCUGAACUCCUAUCGCUCGCAAUUAAAGCAGCAGGUCCGGUCGGACAUCCCUUCCAUCCUGCGCUCGGCGUUCCUCUACGCCAGCUCCGAGGCGCUGCAGUUCUUCUGCAUGGCCCUCGGGUUCUGGUACGGCGGCAUGCUUCUCGGCCACCAUGAGUACUCCAUCUUCAAGUUCUACGUCUGCUUCAGCGAGGUGAUCUUCGGCGCUCAGGCGGCUGGCAGCGUCUUCUCGUACGCGCCCGGAAUGUCCAAAGCAACGCACGCGGCAGGGGAGCUGAAGAAACUAUACACCCGCAAGCCGCGCAUCCACGGUCGCACGGGCGGAGAAGUCCUCGCCCCUAGCUCCUUACAAGGCAGCAUCGAGUUCCGCAACGUGUACUUCCGGUAUCCGACACGCAUCCAGACGCCGGUGCUGCAGGGGCUCAACUUCAGCGUGCAGCCGGGCCAGUUCGUGGCGUUUGUGGGCGCCAGCGGGUGCGGCAAGAGCACGACGAUUGCGCUGCUGGAGCGCUUCUACAACCCGCUGGCUGGGGCGAUCUGCGUGGAUGGCAGGGACAUUAGCGGGCUGGAGCUCCAGUCGUACCGGCGGCAAUUGGCGUUUGUUGGGCAGGAGCCGGCGCUGUUCCAGGGGACUAUCAAGGAGAAUAUCUUUCUGGGGAUGGAUGCGGAGGAGGUCAGCGAUGGAGCCCUGAUUGCUGCUUGCAGGGACGCGAAUAUCUACGAUUUCGUCAUUUCUCUCCCACAAGGCUUCAACACGGAAGUCGGCAGCAAAGGGGGCAUGCUCUCAGGAGGCCAGAAACAGCGCAUCGCAAUCGCACGGGCGCUGUUGCGCAACCCCCGGGUCCUCUUACUGGACGAAGCGACAUCGGCGCUGGACUCGGAGUCUGAGAGCAUCGUGCAGGCAGCGCUGGAUACAGCAGCGCGGGGCCGAACAACGCUGGCGGUGGCCCACCGGCUCAGUACGAUCCAGCGGGCGGACGUGAUCUACGUGCUGGCCAACGGCCGCAUUGCAGAAUCAGGGACGCAUGGCGAGCUGCUGCGACGGCGGGGGCAUUACUAUGACCUUGUUAAUUUGCAGAGUCUGGCUUAG